GGAGGAUGAUAAACACUCGCUCCGCACAGCAGGAGGAACAUGGCGGCACAGUCAGCCAGCACAAAUGUUGUUUCACUACCACGAAGGUCAGAGAAGCUUCUGAAAACCAGGAUUUAACACCGACGACAGGGAACCAACUCUCUCACCCAGGGGGUCUGGAGGAUGCUUAGAGGUUUCCGAGCAGCUCCGUCUUGCAGAAAUGGCCUGAGGGACUCUCUGGACUGAAACCAAGACGCUGAUAUGCAUUGAGGAUGAGUGGAGUCGGUGAAAACCCAUCUGACCCUGCCAGGGCAGAGUCACGGAAACGCAAAGAAUGUCCUGCAGAACUUCUAGGACCCAGUCCAAAGCGGAGCAACGAGAAGCGAAACCGCGAGCACGAGAACAAAUACAUCGAAGAGCUCGCCGAGCUGAUCUUCGCCAACUUCAACGACAUCGACAACUUCAACGUCAAGCCUGACAAAUGUGCAAUCCUGAAGGAGACUGUGAAGCAGAUCAGGCAGAUCAAGGAGCAAGAGAAAGCGGCAGCAGCCAAUGAGGAGGAGGUUCAGAAGGCCGACGUUUCCUCGACGGGGCAGAGCGUCAUCGACAAAGAUGCCCUGGGACCAAUGAUGCUGGAGGCCCUGGAUGGCUUCUUCUUCGUGGUGAACAUGGAGGGGAACAUCGUGUUCGUGUCUGAGAACGUGACGCAGUAUCUGCGCUACAACCAGGAGGAGCUGAUGAACACCAGCGUGUACAGCGUGCUGCACGUCGGAGACCACGCCGAGUUCAUCAAGAACCUGCUGCCCAAAUCCCUCGUGAACGGCGUCCCGUGGUCCAGCGAGGGUCCCAGGAGGAACAGCCACACCUUUAACUGCCGGAUGUUGGUGAAUCCUCACAGUGAGAACACGGAGGAAUCGCAGGAGCACGAGCCUCAGACGCAGAAAUACGAAACCAUGCAGUGCUUCGCUGUGUCCGAGCCCAAGUCCAUCAAAGAGGAGGGAGACGAUUUCCAGUCCUGUCUGAUCUGUGUGGCUCGCAGAGUGCCGAUGAAAGAGAGACCGGUGCUGCCGACUCACGAGAGUUUCACCACGCGCCAAGACCUGCAAGGUAAGAUCACGUCUCUGGACACCAGUCUGCUGCGGGCCUCCAUGAAGCCGGGCUGGGAGGAUCUGGUGCGGCGAUGCAUUCAGAGGUUCCACCUGCAGAACGACGGGGAGAUGUCCUUCGCUAAGAGACACCAGCAGGAAGUGCUGCGCCACGGCCAGGCCUUCAGUCCCAUCUACCGCUUCUCUCUCUCUGACGGCACCAUCGUGUCGGCGCACACUAAGAGCAAACUGGUGCGCUCUCCGGCCACCAACGAGCCGCAGCUCUACAUGUCGCUGCACAUCCUGCAGAGGGAGCAGACGGUGUGUGGGAUGGGUCAGGACAUCGGUCAGACCCCAGGAAUGGCCCCCAAACCCAUGAACUCCUCCACGCCCUCCAUGACCCCCCCGACCCCCGGCAGCCUGCCUGGUUCUGGGCCUCAGGGCCAGGAGACCACCAUCAGCAGCAACAGCAGCACGCCUUUCUCCUCUCUUGGCCCUCGAGAGCCUCCUGCCAUGGGGGGCCACAUGCAGAGCUAUCGUUUCGGGUGUCCCCCUCCUCACAAUCACACUGGAGGCAUGCAGCCACCUCAACAAGGGGCUAAUUGGAGGAUGAACAGUCCGUCUAGAGCGAGUCCGAGCCCAGCAGGAGGGCCACAUCCUCCUCAACAGAACUCUAUGUUGUCCCCGAGGCAUCGAAACAGUCCUGGGGGGUCUGGGAGCCCUCGAGUAGCGGGUAUUCACUCCCCCUCACCUGUAGGGAUGUGUGGGGGCCCCCCAGGUAGCAGCGGCAAUGCUAACAGCUACACUAGCAGCUCUCUUUCAGCACUUCAGGCCCUUAGUGAGUGUCAUGGGGUGGGACACGGGGCCCCUCACACUCUGGGGUCUCCAGACAGAAAGAUGGGUUCUCCAGUGGGGGUCUCACAGGGAGGGGGCUCUCAUCUGAUGUCCAAACUGGGAGGAGAGUCAUACGGAUCGAAUAUGGAGGGUCAGGAAACUAAUAUGGAGCCUAAAGAGGAGCGAGAAGGGGCCCCUGAUGACUCCCUGAACCGUCUUCAUGACAAUAAGGGCCACACUAAGCUUCUACAGCUUCUCACGACUAAACCGGAGCCCCUGGAGACCCCUUUGUCCCCGGGAGGAGAGGGGAAAGAGGGCCGCGGGGGCCAAAACGCAGCGAACACUCACGCCUCCUCGCUAAAAGAGAAACACAAGAUCCUGCACCAGCUCCUGCAGAACAGCACGUCCCCCGUGGACCUGGCUAAACUCACAGCCGAGGCAACGGGCAAAGAGCCGGGUCAGGAGCAGAACCAGGGGGCUGGGGGUCAGGGGUCAGGGUCCGAUAUGGGUCUGAAACAAGAGCCUCUGAGCCCCAAGAAGAAGGACAACGCCCUGCUGAGAUACCUGCUGGACAAGGACGACACCGCAGGGAAGGAGAAGUUGAAGCUGGAGGCGGGGGAGGUGAAGCUGGAGGGAGGGAAACAUCCCACGGUGAAGACGGAGAAACAAGACGCUGGAUACGACCGUGCCGAGCAGUCUUCAGAGUUGGACGACAUCCUGAACGACCUUCAGAGCGCCGGGCCUCCUCUCUUCACAGACCAGCGGCCCGUCUCUCAGACCAGUCCGAUGGACAAGCAGAACAUCAUCAACGACAUCCUGCAGAUGUCCGACGGCGGCGCCGCCCUCCAGCAGCACCGGAGCAUCGGCAUGAACCCCAAUUUCACCGGGGUGCGUCCAGUUCAACCGGGUCGGGGUCUGCCUGUGAGGAGUGUGUCUCUGGAUAUGAACGUGUCCCCCCAGCAGGGAUCACUUCAGUAUCCAAUCAGAGCCACCAGCCCAUACACUCUCAUGCAACAACAACAACAACAGCAGCAGCAGCAGCAGCAGCACAGCAUGAUGGGUAAUCAGGCUGGGAUGGUCAAUGCAGGACUGAUGGCCCCCGGGGGUCCACGUCCCAGCAUGCAUCAUCAGCAGCAGGAGGGUUGGGGGGGGUCCUCAGCCUCGGCCCCCCCUCUCGGAGCAUCAGGUCCCGCUCAGCAGGGGGCCCUUCAGGCCAGGAUGGGGCCCAACGGAGCCCCUCUGAGGCCCAACAGCCAGCCGGGGCCACGGCAGAUGCUCCAGGGCCCCAUGAUGCCCAAUGCCCAGUCUGAUAUGGACAUUGGGAUGGUCUCUCAUCACUUCUCCCAGCAGCAGCAGCAGCAGGCCCCCCCCAACACCACGGCCCCCUGGCCCGACAGCAUGAUGCCCAUCGACCAGACCGCCUUCGUUAACCAGGCCAGCAGGCCGGUGCACGCGGCCCCCCAGGAGGACCUGCUGUUGGGGGGUGGGGGCCACAGCUCUGGGGAGGGGGUCCCUGUGGACGAGGGGGUCCUCAUGUCUCAGCUCUACACCGCCCUCAAAGACUUCGAUGGGCUGGAGGAGAUCGACCGAGCGCUGGGGAUCCCGUCUCUGGUAGAACAAAACCAGUCCCUGGAGCAGGAUCAGUUCCAGCAGGACUCCAUGCUGAUGGACCAGAAGCCCCCCAUGUACUCCCAGCAGUUUGCAGCCCCUCCCUCUCACCUCUCUCAGAGGGGGGGGUACCCCCUGCAGGACCAGGGCUUCCACCCCCUGGGGGGUCCCAUGGGCCCUCGCCCCGGGUACCCCAUGAUGAGGAUGCAGGCCAGACCGGGACUCAGGCCUGGGGGGGGCGUUCCAAACCAGCCAAACGCUCUGAGGCUGCAGCUGCAACACCGGCUGCAGUCCCAGCAGAACCGUCAGCCGAUGAUGGCUCAGAUGAGCGGCGUAUCUAAUGUGAACCUUCCUCUCAGAGCCAGCAAUCCCAACCAGGGCACCAUCAACGCCCAGAUGUUGGCCCAGCGUCAGCGGGAGUUGCUAAGUAACCACCUGCGCCAGCGGCAGCAGCAGCAGCAGAGGAGCCUGGCCAUGAGGGGCCUCUCUCUGCCCCCCAGCAUGAACAACAACAACCCUCGAGGGCCACAUGCGGCCCCCCCGCAGUUCCCCUACCCUCCCAGCUACGGUAUGAGCCAGCAGGCAGACGGGGGGUUUGUGAGCCCCGGGGCCCCUCAGAGCCCUCUGCUGUCCCCCCGCAUGGCCCACACACAAUCCCCCAUGAUGCAACAGGGCCAGGGCAACGCUGGCUUCCAGGCCCCCCCCGACAUGAACGGCUGGCCGCAGGGCAACAUGGGAGGCAACAGUAUGUUCCCACAGCAGCAGGCCUCGCCCCAGUUCUCCCAGCAGAGCAGCAGCAACAUGUACAACGGAGGAAACGCCAUGAACCUCAACCCCGUGAACAACAUGGCCGCCGGCAGCAUGGGGCAGAUGUCCGGCCAGAUGAGCGUCACCUCCAUGGCCUCGGGUCCUUCGCCGGGGCUGCCCUCCAUGGGGCCUGAGCAGAAAUACUGUUGACCCUCAUGGAGUCGUCACCUGAACUUCAGCUGGAGAGAGGAGCGUCGGCCCUUUAAAGAAAUUGUACAAACAUGUAACCAACGACCCCCGCCUCCCCCCUUUCUACCCCUGCUUUUUGGGGGGGGGAGACCCCGGAAAGUGAUGGUGGAGGAGAGCAAGCAUUCACCAUAGUGUGACUUCCUGUUGGGGGGGGGGGGGGCACUGACCCUGGGGGUGUUUGGGAUCUUCUUCUGAUGAAUGUAUUCCUCUCAGUGGACAGCGGCCAUUUACAAUCUCAUCUCAAAAUGACGUACACUGAUUUUCGUCCGGCCGGAAACAGAGACUCCCGCCGGGUUUUGCCUUUUUUUGUUGUUAUUUUAUUCUGAUUAUUUUAGUUGUCGUGAAGAUGUAGAAUGAAGAUCUUUGAAAACACACUGCGGAAAAUGGUUUGAGUGUAUGAUUAGACUAAUUUAGUCAAGAGGUUUAUAUAGUGUAUUAAAUUAAGUUUUAUUUUUCUGUAUAGAUUUUAAUUAUUGUAGAUGAUUCUUUAUCCAAGUAGCAACGAGAGAGACGGAGAUUUCUAAAAAGUGUGAAAGAGGCACUUUUGUUUUUUUAUAAUUUUAACAGUAACACUCUUCUAUUAACCUGAAUCUGGAUUAUUCUUUGGUCCUGUAGUUUCAGAAGAAGAUAUGGUUUUAAAAAUGAAUCACAGAGAUUGUACAUACCAAUAAGUAAGACGUUUUCUUUCCUAUUUAUUUCACCGCGUAGGGUUUGUUUCCCCGUCUGAUCACGACUUUCUCGUGUGAUGGUACGAUGCAGACGGGGGGGGGGGGGUGUGUACGGGGGUGUGCUGUGUAUACAGUGUACAGAUUAUCGCUUGCUUCUCUGCCUUUAGCAUAGAAACACCACAAAAAAAAACUCAACACAGCCAUACACAAAAAAAAGUGUGCUUUCUAUGUCGUCUGGUCCUACGAGCUGCUCGGUGCAAACUGUUCCGGUGUGAUGUAAACAAGCAAUAACCUUUCUUUUUGUAAUUUUUGUACAGUUUCCUGACUUAAAAAGGACACGUUUUUUGCUCCACGUUUGGAUGCAGUAUUACAUUUUUUUAUUGCAGUUUGUACCAGGAGAGUCUCCAUCCACACGCAGCGAUGUUAGAUUAUGCAGCAGAGGUCAGAGGUCACGCUUCACCCUGCUCUGACACACACUUAGCCAUAUUUAUGACCUCAGGCAGUUAUUAAACGACUCGCUGCUCUUUCUGGGGAGUUCAGUGUGAUCCGAGUCAUCCUCUCUAACCUCAAAAAUACAUUUUAUAUAUAUAUAUAUAUAUAUAUAUACAACCCAGGACAAACUUGGAGCAAGCCAAAUGAUCGUCACCUUUUUUCAAUUGGAUUUCUGAAUUCUACCAGCUUUUAUUUCCCUAGCUUUGAGGCCCGUGGAAAACCAAGUUGAUGUCACUAACAGGGUCCUAAUGUAGAGAAGCAUGAAGUCAUUCUGAAUGUAUUAAAGUCAUUAACGGAUGUGACCGCAGCGUUUAGAAGAGCUUUCCCAUUGGUGUAAAUGAGACGACGCUGCAGCUGAAUCUGCGAAUCCAUGUUCUUUUUGCAGACGUCUCACACAUUUUGAUAAAUGCUGUCUUGAUUGUAUCAUACAGUCGUGCAGAAAAAGCCUUUUUGAGCCAUUUAAAGCGAUCACAACCCUUUGCAAAAUUUCCAAAGAUUGUCAUGAUUUUGAAAAAUAAAACGAUUUAAAGCCAUGUGGUAGCAAUGCAUUUUUUUAGCAUUUAUAAUGAGGACGGGAGCAAAUCAAUGCCCCUAACAAAUAUCCAGGCGUUGGACCGACUAAAACUAUUUUUUUCUCGUCAGCUUUUGGUUUUAAAGAACUUUAAAUGCCCUUUUGUAUUGUCUGCCAAUUUCUUAGAGCUAAGAUGCAACCUUGAAAUGCUAACCACCCUUAGCAUAAUGCCUUAGAUUUGUCCGUUCUUGUACAUUACGCCGCUGUCUGUAUAAAUUUGUAUAAUGACUUGUGUACAAUAUUGAACGGGUGCAUCAUCGCUCAGUUCAUCGCUCUCUGUCGUGUUAUUCCCCCCCUCCUCUUUCACUGUUUUUGAUGAUACAUAGGGAUAUUGAAGCAAUAUGUAAUAUAUGGACUUUCUGAAGAAAGCUUUGUGUUUCGCCCUGGUUUCUUUUCUGCAUUGUUCACAGGAAUCACACUGUAUACCCGCAUCCACCUUUGUACCCCUAGUGUGUGUGUGAGUGUGUGUGUGUGUGCGCGAGUGUGUGUGUGUGUGUGUGUGUGUGUGUGUGUGUGUGUGUGAGCGUUUUAUGCAAAGUUAGAUAUACAAGAGAAACCACAGUUAUGCAAGUUGUGAACUAAUAUGGCUUCGCUGAUGCUAUUUGCCUUGUAAAUAAAGAAUUCUGUUAUUGCAGUAUUUAACAGAGUGACUCUUAUUUCUGUGACUGAAAUUUAAAUAUAAUAACGCCCCCCCCCCCCCCCCCCCAUGCAUUGAUUGUAUUUCCAUCAUGAGUGCACAGAAUAUGUAACGCUUUAUUAAAAACGGCUCAAAGCGACUAAAUAACACUAAUAUUCAGUUAUAACGUGUUUAUUCCUGUGCUUGCUGCUUCCUUCUGUGUAUUUGUUUAUAAAUGUAAAGUGUAUACUGCAUAGUGAUACUGCAAAUAAAAAAUAUUGAUUGAU